AUGCUGGUAGCGAUACUGGUAGCAAGGCAAUACUGGUGGCAAGGCAAUGCUAGAAGCGAUACUGGUGGCAAAGCAAUGCUGGUGGCGAUACUAGUAGCAAGGCAAUACUGGUGGCAAGGCAAUACUAGAGGCGAUACUGGUGGCAAGGCAAUACUGGAGGCGAUACUGGUGGCAAAGCAAUGCUGGAAGCGAUACUGUGUAGCAACCGAGUAUACUCGAUUGUAA